UCGAUUGGGAGUCCUUUGGGAGCAUCCGCGAGAGGAAGAAGAGGAAGAGGAAGACCUCCACCGUGAAGCGUUCGAGAAAGGAAAAGGGCUCGGGAAAGGGAAGGGGAAGGGGAAGGGGAAGGGGAAGAGGGCACGGGAGGAGGAGACGACGACGACAAGGAGAGGAAGUCCGCGGACCAUGGGAUCUCGGCGUGGGAGAGGGGGGAGGGGUUGGGGGGGGGGUCGGAAGAGGAGGAGGACGACGACGAGGACGACGACGAGGAAGUGGAGGAAGAGGAAGUGGAGGCCGAGGAGGAGGACAAGGAGGAUUCGGGGGAGGAGGAGGAGGAGGAGGAGGAGGAGGAGGAGGAGGAGGAGGAGGAGGAGGAGGAGGAGGAGGAGGAGGAGGAGGAGGAGGAGGAGGAGGAGGAGGAGGAGGAGGAGGAGGAGGAGGAGGAUGAGUAGGGGAGGAGGAGGGGUAGGAGGAGGGGUAGGUGGAUGAGGAGGAGGAUGGGUAGGAGGUAGU